GCUUCUCGGUCUGAGGAAUGUUUACAUUUAUAUCUUUGUAUAUUUGACCAUUAUUGUGCAGGUCUUCUGCUCCUAAUCCUGAGUCAACAUCUGGAUCUGGAAUCUGACGCUGGGAACUGGGAACUGUAACUGGCGGGUUUAGUGGGACGUAUGCGUACAAAAAGUCCAACUCGGAGGCAAGGUUAGGUUAUCCGGAGGGAACCAUGUGCAGUUCCCUGAGUCCCAAACAUCCAAGUAGCCCCGGCCUGACAGACAUGCAACAGUACCACCAGUGGCUGGCCAGUCGACAUGAAGCCAGCUUGUUGCCCAUGAAGGAAGACCUCGCACUCUGGCUCACCAAUAUGCUGGGUCUGGAAAUCACCGCUGAAAGCUUCAUGGAACGCUUAGACAACGGCUUCCUGCUGUGCCAGCUGGCUGAGACGCUGCAGGAGAUGUUCAGGCAAAAUAGUGGAGACCUGCCUGCUCUCAACAACAGAAAGCAGGUUAUUCCUAACCGGAGGAUCCCAUGCCGGCGGACUGCUCCGUCUGGCUCUUUCUUUGCCCGGGACAACACAGCCAACUUUCUGUCUUGGUGUCGUGAAGUUGGAGUGGGGGAAACGUGUUUGUUUGAGUCUGAGGGUUUAGUUCUUCACAAGCAGCCUCGAGAAGUCUGCCUCUGUCUGUUGGAGUUGGGCCGGAUAGCAUCCAGGUACAACGUGGAGCCCCCCGGUCUUAUAAAACUGGAGAAAGAGAUUGAACAAGAAGAGAAAGCACCUCUACCACCGCCAUCGCCUGCAUCCCCAGUGCACCCCCUCCCUCCAUCACCCUCAUCGUCACCCUCCCCGUCUCCCUCCCCAUCGCCGACUCCUCCCAAAGUCACCUCGAGCAAGAAGAGCACUGGGAAACUGCUGGACGAUGCUGUAAGACAUAUUGCUGACGACCCCCCCUGCAGAUGUCCAAAUAAAUUCCAUGUGGAGAGGCACUCACAAGGCCGAUACCGUGUUGGGGAAAAAACACUCUUUAUACGAAUGCUGCACAACAAGCAUGUGAUGGUGCGUGUGGGAGGAGGCUGGGAGACGUUUGAGAGCUACCUGCUCAAGCACGACCCGUGUCGAAUGCUCCAAAUCUCCCGUGUGGAAGGGAAGACAUCCCCCAUCGGCGGCAAAGGCCUCAGCAUCAAGGACCUAACGCCUGACAGCUACCUGGUGGUGGCGGCCAACUAUCGCAGCAAAAAGUCAACACAGGAGACCGCACCAUGAUGAGGACUGCAGCUGUGAGAUGUUCAAUGGAGAGACAUUUAAAACUCACAUAAUUGCAAGAUAAUGUGUCAACUGGCUAUACAUGCUGUACAUUUCCUAUCAUAAUAUUAUAACAAACUUAUUUUUUUCAAAAUGUUCUUCUUUAUGUGCCUAUAAGGGUGUACCUUUAUUCUUAAAAACUGACUUUUUGAACUGUACGUAGGUACGUUUAUUUUUUCUGAAUUUAUGCCAGUGGACUUUCAAUGUUUUCUUUCCGUUAACAAAAAGUGGAAACGAGGGGACCACAUUAAAAAUGCAACUGUGAUACUUAA